AUAUAACUUUACAAGUUACUACAACAAACUUACUAAAAACAUUUGAAAAAUGUUUAAAAUUCUUACAAUACUCUCAAUACUAGCAGCUAUUACUGUAGUCAUAAAAUGUGACCUGGGUGAUGUUACAACCAACCCACCAUGGGAUUGUUAUUCAGCACCUGAUGUGGGACCAUGUAAAGCGAUGAUACCCAGGUACUUUUGCAACCAGACGUCCCACAAAUGCGAGCCAUUCAUAUACGGCGGGUGCGGUGGCAAUGAUAACCGUUUCGAGACAACAGCUAUUUGUGUGCAAUAUUGUGGCGGUAUUGUUACUCAGCACCCGAUGGGGGCCAAUGUUAUGGCUACUUUCCCCGAUACUUUUGAAACACAACUUCCCACAAAUGCGAGCCAUUCAUAUACGGCGGAUUGUUACUCAAAAUACGAUGUGGGCCUCUGUAGGGCAGCCAUAGACCGGUACUAUUGCAACCCAAAGGCCCACAAAUGCGAGCCAUUCACAUACGGCGGGUGCGAUGGAAAUGCCAACAAUUUCAAUACGACAGCCCUAUGCGUGCAAUCCUGUGGCGGUGUUUGUAAAUCAUAAAUAAAUUGAAUAAGAUUUUUAAAUAAUUUUUUAAAAAAUUUGCUUGG